AUAACACCCCAAACCCAAAGACGCAUAAUACGGACCCUGAGGUUUAAGAAAUACUUUACCCUUCUAUUCUUUUUUCUUCUCCUCUUCUACUCUAGGGUUUUAAGCUUAGGGUUUCACUCUCUCUCUCUCUCUCUCUCUCUCUCUCUCUUCCGGCAUAGCCAGCCAUGGAUAGGUACCAGAAGGUUGAGAAGCCCAAGCCUGAGUCUCCCAUCAACGAGAACGAGAUCCGAAUCACAACACAAGGCGCCAUUCGUAACUACAUCACCUACGCCACUUCCCUUCUCCAGGAAAAGCAUGCAAGAGAGAUUGUCUUGAAGGCAAUGGGACAAGCAAUCAGCAAGACAGUUGCGAUUGCAGAGAUUUUAAAGAAGAGAAUUCCCCGGCUGCACCAGGAUACUGGCAUUAGCUCAGUUAGCAUAACAGAUGUGUGGGAACCCAUUGAAGAGGGUCUUGUACCCGUGGAAAUGACUCGACAUGUCUCUAUGAUCUCAAUCACCUUAUCAACUAGAGAAUUGAACAAAAAUUCUCCUGGGUAUCAAGCUCCACUUAUUGUGGAACAACCAAAGCCACAUACCAAUUAUCAGCAGCAACCUAUAAAACCAGCGCGGGGUCCUUAUAAUGCUGUAAAUGAAGACUCAUAUGGCCGUGGUCGAGGUCGGGGUCGGGGGAGAGGGAGAGGAAGGAAUUGGGGAAGGGGUGGUUAUGGCUAUCAAGGUGGUUAUGGAAAUUAUCAAGGUGGAUAUGGGUAUUACCAGGGUGGGUAUGCAAAUUAUCAAGAUAAUGGUGGGUAUUCAAAUCGGGGACGAGGUGGCGGACGAGGUAGAGGUUGGGGGUAUCGUGGUACUGGUUAUGAAGGUGGCAGAGGUGGAGGUGGUGGUUAUGAAGGAGGCAGAGGUGGUGGUUAUGAAGGAGGCAGAGGUGGUGGUUAUGAAAGAGGCAGAGGUGGAGGCAGGGGUUAUGGGCGUGGAAGGGGACGAAUGGGUGGACGUACAAGGGGUGGUGGCAACCAGGCAUGAUAGCAAAGGAUGCUAUUGCCAUUCUUGCUGUGAAUGCUUGCCUUGACAGUGCGGUUAAUGUUUCUAGAAUACUGUGUUGAUAGUGUGAUGUGGCUCAUGUCGAUCCAGCAUAUUAUUAAGCAGUAUUUUAUGUUUUUUCGUCAUGAAAUUGAUAUGGGCAAGGUUUUGUUCAUCUUUAGAUUUAGCUGGAAAGCAUCUUGGUUUUAUGAUUGCUGUAAUUCAUUUCAACUUUUAUGGUUGCCAACACCAUAUUUUUAUCUGUAUCUGGUUUCUAUAUUGCUUUUAUUUUAAUGAAAAGUAGCGUUUUCUUUGAUAAA